GGUAUUCUGCAGGUGUACCAGUUUCCCCGAAAGCCACCUGUUCAGUACCUCAUGAUCAUAAAAAAGUCAGCGCAUAAUUCGACUCAGAUCUCUGGUGGUACAACAGUGAAUGUCAGCCGGGCCCGGAUCUGGCCUGUGCGACCUGACCAUAACAGCAGCAGGAGGGGUCAGUGAUGUCACGGACGGUGCCUCACACAGGGCAGAGACGUUUGACCACAGAUGGACAGGGCGGAAGGACAAGGACACCCUGGCAAGGGCGGGGUUCAUAUACACAGGUAUCGGUGACAAGGUGGAGUGUGAACGCUGUGGUCUGAAGCUCCUCAACUGGACGGACACAGAUGACGCCCUACACGAACACGCCACCAGGAGGACUCACUGCCCCUUCAUCGUCUCCUUGUACCGGAAGCUGGGACAGACUCCGCCCCCAAAACAUCCCCAGUACCAACAUUUGCGGGCACGUCUAGACUCCUUCGCUGAUUGGCCGAGAAGAUAUGUGCCCAAAACUCCCGAGGAGUUGGCAGCAGCUGGCUUCUUUUACAUCGGGUCAGCUGACCGGGUCACGUGUUUCCAGUGUGGGAUAACUCUGAGAGACUGGGAGGAAGAACAUGAUCCUGUGGCCGAACAUCAGAGAUACUCGGAACACUGUCAGUUCAUCGACAAGACAGACCUGAACCAACUCGGAGUUGCUACGCGGAUAAAUUCCACGCCGACAAAUGAACAAAGUAACCACCAUGCUGGUAGCCGUAAUGAUUUGGUAGCCAGUAGCCCACUGGACCAAGGUCACGUCAGCCCAAUGGUUACGUCUUGUCAUACAUUAGACGUGUGUUCCUCUACGACAUCUAACCUUCUAUCAGCAGCCUCUGAAAGUGUGAUCGAAGCUCCCUCAAAUGUUUCAUGUUCAAAAGAUUUGCAGGCAUCACAGCCAGGACGAGAAGGUUCACUUGUCACGCCUACCUCUCAGCGAUUGGUUGUCGAGAACAAACGUCUCCGUGAGAACAGCACGUGCAGGUUGUGUCGGAACGAGGCUGUUGGUGUACUCUUCUUGCCGUGCGGUCAUCUGGUCACGUGCUCUACCUGUGCGCCAACGAUAACAGAUUGUAUAAUUUGUGGCAAAACCAUACUUGGUACAGUCAAAACGUUUUUUUCAUGACAUGUUCACUCCGACUGAAAUCAAACUUCCAUAUAAUUGAAAAAAAUAAAAUUUAUAACGUGA